AUAAUCUUUACGUUUGUUUACGUCUUUUGAAACUUUACUUUUAAGGUGUCAAUAUCAUUAAGUUGCAUAAAAUUUUGUACUUAGAAUGGAAUGCAGGAUUAACGGAGUCACCACGAACUCACUGGCGCAAGCAUAAAAUUCCAAUGUUGCCAAGUCAUAUUGCCAUCAUACAGGGUAACCUAUCAAUAUUAUGUUCGAUAUUUCCAUUCUCACACGAAUACACAUACUACCAGCCUUGGUCUGAAAUGAACGAUGGACCUUCCAGAUGGGUCAGAAUGCCUCACACUAUAUCCAGAUCCUACAGAUCCAGCAGUAGCCAAGAUCUUGGAACGAAACGUCAUUUCAAGCCAGAUACGAUACACAAAAUCACAGAAACCUUAGGCGCUUUGAAUACAGUAGGUCGAUAUUUGGUUAAUAUGACGAGAGGUGAAGAUACCGUAUCUUCAGAUGUGCCAACUGCACUGUAUACGAUAAGUAAAAAUGUACUUGGAAGAAACGUGACUGAUACCAUAGCGCCGUUGGUGAGAGAAGUUUUGCCAGUUGAGAUCGAACCAGAGGAAAACAAGGAAGCUGAUGAUAAAAUUGGCGUCGAAAGCGUUAAAGUUGAAAGUAAACUCGAGGAGAAAAAAGAAGAGGAUCCAAGGAAUUGCCUCACGCCCGAAGGUAUAUAUGGGUAUUGCGAUGAUUUGAGCAACUGUCCGCAGUUGCUUCUAAAUUUGGGUAAUUUGAGACAAUCUCUAUGCUUCAAGAGUUUGUUUGAGCCAGGAGUAUGUUGUCCAAAAAGUCCGAAUUCAUCAACAACAACAACUACCACUACCUCGAGCCCAACUACAACGACAACUACCACCCAUAAGCCUGUUACAUUUGCUGCCAUCUAUUAUAACACCGAAACACCAGCAACUCAGGCGUCGAAGCCCGGAGUUGAACAGCACCCCUUAAGCACUAACUUGCAGCUGACGCCGGUGGUUAACAACUACGUGGACCCACAAGACUGUGGACAACCAGAAUCAGCUAAAUUCCGCGUUGUUGGAGGUGAGGAAGCACUACCAGGAAGAUGGCCCUGGAUGGCCGCCAUUUUCCUACACGGUUCCAGAAGGACAGAAUUUUGGUGUGGCGGAUCCCUUAUAACUGCUUCUCAUGUACUGACUGCUGCUCAUUGUACAAGGGAUUCAAGACAAAGACCUUUUGCAGCUCGCCAAUUCUCGGUACGUCUGGGCGACGUGGACUUGAAACGAGAUGACGAGCCUUCGUCGCCGGUCACGUUCAAAGUAGCAGAAAUCAGGGCACACAAGGACUUCUCCAGAAUCGGCUUCUACAACGACAUUGCCAUCCUGAAACUUGAGAAGCCCGCUAGGAAGUCUAAAUAUAUAAUUCCAUUAUGUUUACCACCGCCACGAUUGAGGAGAGAGAAAUUCGCGGGAAGAAAAACGACCGUGGUAGGAUGGGGUACGACGUACUAUGGGGGUAAAGAAAGUACCGUUCAAAGACAGGCGGUUCUGCCGAUCUGGAGGAAUGAAGAUUGCAAUGAAGCUUAUUUCCAGCCGAUCACAGCCAACUUCAUCUGCGCUGGGUAUUCAGAAGGAGGCACUGAUGCUUGUCAGGGAGACUCUGGAGGACCUCUGAUGGUGCAUUGGGACACGAGAUGGAUACAGAUAGGGGUCGUUUCUUUCGGAAACAAAUGCGGAGAACCUGGAUAUCCUGGAGUAUAUACGAGAGUUACAGAGUACCUCAACUGGAUUGAGGAAAACACCAGAACAUAAAAAAUAUUCUAGUCAGAAUCGUUGAUACAAACGAGACAUAUAGUUUCCUAUACGUAAAUACUGUCGAAUUUGUAGCACUUCAUACAUAUCUAGUUAUAAGUUAUUUAUGUUUUUGAAAAAUACUAUUUCAAUACAUAUUUAUUUUUUUAAGAAUUAUUCUAUGAUUGUUAAUUAAUAUUAGUAUAAUUUAAUAUUUUACAAAUACAAUAGUAAAUUAUAUCUAUAGAUUCUUCAAAAAAAUGAUUAUAUUCUCCGUGUAUCGAAGAAAGAAACUAAACAUAAACGUAUUCACGCAUAGUUCAGGUGACAGGGUCAUACUAAGUCAUGAUUUGUGGUUUUAAGACUCAAUUAAGAAGUAUGCAAAAUUAUUGCAGGUAUGUCCAAACGUAAAGUUUGGAAUUGAUAUUUUUUUCAAAGUGUAACUUUCUUGACCAAAAACUGAGACCCGUGGAUUGUUGAUUUAAUAUGUUAUGAAGUAAUUGACGCCAAUAAAACAUUCUGAGAAAAUAGGUAAACAGCACAGGUAGAUAUUUGUAUUACAAUUCCAAUUUAAGUUUAUUACUAUAGGAAAAUAUAUACAAAUUUCUACCUGGUUUCGACACGGGUUACCGUUCACCGACUUAUCUUAAAGUUUGAGGUAAAUUAAGAUUAUUCUUACUAUUAUAGUAUAUCAUAUGUAAAUCUUAC